AUGAGAAUCCAAGCUCUAAGUGUUUGGAACUUCAUAAGUUUGCUCGCUUUUGGUUAUGCUGUGUCGUAUGAUGACUUUGCAUUCCCUAACGACGAAUCACUGUUUCAUAAUUACAGUCGAUUUACUGAAGUUGAAAACCAUUGCCACUCUUUUAUAUCUUCAGCUUCUGUGUUAGAAUAUGCUGAUGAUCAUAAUAUGGCUUCUAGGCUUAAAAAUAAGCUUUCUUUCUUCAAUGGAGAUUGGAAGCAGGAUCAAGCCCAAGAAUCUUAUAGAACAGCGACUUUAAUGCCCUUUGAUGAUAGUGAUAUGCCAAUAGAGAACCUAUUUUCAUUCAUCUCCCCUUGGAAAGUGGUGAGCUUUGAGGUUCAAAAUGUUAGUUUUGGUGUACCCCACCAGCCCAAAAAUACGGUCAGCAUUAGUGGGGUUCUGUCUAUUGGUAUAACAAGAAAUACCACAUUGAUCUCUGAACCUUACUUGAAGUUUCAUACAACCCCUGGUAUGUCUGCUCUUAGAGUUGACUUUGAAGGCGUUUAUCUAGAGACGAAAGAGAAUGGGGGCGAGCGUUUAGUCUGUAUGUUGGGUAAUUCAGUUUUUCCAUUCAAGAAAGUGCCGAAAAGAUAUUCAGAUGGUUAUAUAACUACUUAUUUUGCUGUUGAAGAAACAUAUAAUGAAGGGCCCUUGCUACACGAGAAUAUUAUGCUUGUUCUUAGGUAUCCCAAAACUCUCUCUUUGUUCACAAGCGGAAUACUUGGAGAAAUGCAAAGUUUGAGUGAAGACGACGAGUACGAUUACUUUGACAAAAUUCACAUAACUUCCUACUUGGAUAUCUUUCCUGAGUACCAUAUGAACAGUUCCAAGGAGUUCAUUUUAGAAGAUGUUGAUGAGAAUCCACUUCAAGAUGCGAUCAUUGAAGACGGAGUCAACAAGUUUACCAACAUUAAGUUUUGUGACAUUAUCAAGAAUUUUGAACAGCAGGAAUAUAGAGUUAUGCCAAAUUUGAUAGCCGGUGGCCCAAAUUGGUAUCAGAAAACAGUUGGUCCUUUUCUUCUUAACAAUGAGAUCCAGUCUGUUGGUAGGAACAAUGAGAUUCUAAGGGUUAUUUUGCACAAAGUCAGAUGCGAAAAGGAUCAAGUUUCAGGAGUACUGAGAUUGUACCCUGAUACUAUAACACCAGAUGUGGCAGCACGCAGAACAGGUUUGUCUACAUUAACUUUAUUGGUGAAAGGAGCAUGGAAUUCUUCUACUGGACUGCUUUCUAUGACGGGUUGUCUUGGUCCAACACUCGUGACCUGUGAUUCGGGUGUAUUAUUGUACUUCCCCCGGUCUUUCUCAAGUAAGCAAAGAAGCUUAGUUUCUGGUAGUAUAUUUAGUUUUAAAAAUGCAACAAAAGCGUUUCAUCCUGUGUUCAUUGGAUUAGAGAUGUUAUCCCCUGGUUUAUAUGAUGGUGGUUCGUAUAGUAGGGAUCAUCUUUCAUACAACUACUCAAAAAUUGAUCUAUCUAUCAAGUUUAGAGAGAGGAUUCAAGAACCUCACUUGAUAACUUGUCUCAGAGAAUCAAUCUUUGAUUAUCCAGCUCUUGGAGAAGAAAAUGAUGGGAUAUUUAAGAUAUCAAAUCGUCUUUCAGAUGAUCUAAAAAUCGAUACAUUUUCAAGCCCGGAGACUUUUGUCAGAUUAGAAGUUCUGUCACUUGGUCCUUUAUUUAGAACAAAUGAUGCUCUUUUUUAUGAAGUUUCUAACCAUGAAGUGCUUAAUAUAUCUCUGAAUUUCUUGCUAAAAGAAAAAGAUGACAACUUUGAGGUAUAUUCCUACCAUCCUGUCACUAAGUUAUAUCUUGAGGGUGUAUACGAUCAGCGUGUAGGAAAGCCGUACCUGAUUGGAUGCCGGAAAGUAGAUUAUGAUUAUGUGGACCUUGAAAGAGGCCUAGAUUGUUUGAUAGAAGUCACUAUCCAGUAUUCGCCUAUAAACACACGAUGGUUGGUUAAUCCAAGUGCAGACAUCAACAUUUUCAGCAAAAGAAAUGAAGAUGAUUAUUACCAUUUCAAGCCCAUACACUUGAAAAACAUUAUGAUUCAUGAUAAAACUCAUGAACAGAAUGUCAUCUUUCGUAAAAUCUUUGAGGGGUAUUUCCGGGUUUUUCUUGUUUCAAUGUACAUUGCACACAUAUUGAGUCUGAUGAAAGACAUGAAGAAAUCAAGUGAGUCAGUUCCUUACAUAUCUAUUUCUAUGCUAGCCUUGUGGAUCGUUGGAUAUGGAAUCACGUUGAUUACUAGCAAAGAAAUAGUAAUUAAGUCAUCAGAAUCUACACGUUACAUGAAUCAUCCUUAUGAUCUUCAAAGCUACAAAGGAUAUCUGAACAAUCUUGAUUACCUUGCAAGAUUUCUUAUUCUUGUUACUAUCUUCCUCAUGGCCCGGAUCGCUCAGAUAGUGCUGAAAGCUCGAGCAGCACUUCGUGAGCAAGGUAAGUCGAGUCCAAGUGAGAAGAAGGUCAUCCUGGUUAGCUUAAUCAUCUACAUUUGUUAUUUUCUCUUUAGUAUCAGUAUGCGCGGGUUCCAUCUCUAUCUAAAUGAAGUAACCUUCCCAAAAGAUGUUUACAUAAAAGCAAUCACGGAGGUGUGCUGGUACACGGUUCUUAAUCUUCAAGAUUACUUUCUGAUUCCUGAACUAGUUGCUUUUCAUAUAUGGAAGCGUCAUACUUCUGGUUCUCUAUUUAAUAACUUUGUUAUCCGUCUAUGGAUAACAAUUUUAAUUCAUUUUGUUUAUGAAAUCAUUAGAAGUCCAAUUGGUUAUCCUGUAUGA